AUGGCAAUGCUUGGGUUUGAAUAAGCCCCAAAAUCUAGAUUGAAUAAUCUUUUACCUAGAAUUAGCUGCACUGGUGCUACUGCAUUUAGAGAUGCAGUUAUGAAAGGAAAUUAAUUAAUGUUAUAACUUUUUGCUCUCUUUUGUAAGAAGGGUGCACAUGAUAAAUUUAAAUUUGUACAUGUUGUUCUAACCGAUGGAGAAGAUAAUAAGUCUUAAGUCAGUUUACAAGAAUUUCUUAAGUAUUAAGCAUACCUUCGAUAAGAACUUCCAGAGGAUAUUUUACAAACAUUUUAUAUUGGUGUGAAUGUAGAAAAUAAUUAAACAGUUUAAAGAGAAAUGCAAGCAAUCUUAUAAUGUAGUGGAAAAUCUGCUUCAUAUUAUCCUAUACAUAGCAAUGGAAUUAAUGAUAUCUUUUAAAAGAUCUAGAUGUAAAUUGGACUUAGAGUAUAAUAAAAGGGAUUAGUAAUAGAAAGCGAUAAAAGAUAAAUAGCAUUAAUGUAAAAGUAAUUUUAACCUGUUCUGUAAAUGAAAGUGAAUAAUUAUAUUGUCCUUUUCACCCUAGACAUUUCUGGUUCUAUGUCAGGAAAUUGGGGUUAGGUUUGUAAUGCAGUAAGUGGAUUUUUGGGAAAUCUUGGAUCCAAUGAUUUAGUGUCAGGCAUAGUCUUUAAUGAUAAAGUAGAGGUUGUGACUUAAUCAAAUGCACAGCCUCAAAAACCUGUCUAAUCUCAAUAAUACUAAAAUUAAUAUUAAGUUAGUAAUGUUAGAGAUGAAGAAUGCUAAAUAUUUUGA